UUUUCCUAUAGUUGUUUCCCUUGUAUAAUUUGUUUACAUAGUUGACAACAACAACCAAAGUUCAAGGACGCUACAAAUUCAUUUAGUCUAGCGGCAAAUAAGCAAGCCAAACUUGAAGGAUUAUAUAGGGAAGUUGAUAAGAUAUGUUUUUCUAUCACAUAUUUUAUAAUGAUAAUAUUGCUGUCAGCGUUUAUUCAUUAAUAAUUUAAUAGAAUAAUCCGAUGGAACUGUCAACAUUUCGGAUAGUUACUAGUGCCUGUAGUACAGCACUAAUUUGUUGAUGCACGAUUCAUUACACGCUCGAUAAAUACACUUUUUUUCUAAACAAGUUAAACUCCGUUGUCCAUGGGUCUGUAGCUAUCCAACUCACAUUUUAUUACCACCCUUGACUCCACUACUGCUACAGUGUUUGUGUCACAAUUGACAAGUCGUCUUGUGAAAAAUAUCCUUUUAUCUUAAUAUUUACAAACUCCCACUCCCUUUAUAGUAUAUUUACCCUUUAUAGUAUAUUUACCUCGUGAUUCUCGACCUCCCUUUAUAAUUUUUUAUAAAUUUAAUUAUGUGUACAAUUUGGAUUGACAGUACCCCCGACCCUUAGACACUUCAUCUUAAGUUAUUUUUCGCAGACACUUUAGCCUACCACUUAUUUUAUGAAAUAUUUCAUUAUCUGGUUGAGAUACUACACCCCUUCCACCCAAACUUGUUUUGUGCUUUUCAAAUGAAGAUGGGAUGUAAACAAUGGUUUGAAGAUGAGAUGUAAACAAUGGUGAUUGUUUUAAAAUAUUUUUAUUAUAUUAUCAAUACAUGUAUGUACACAAAUGUACAAUGUAUAGACUUACAGUAAUGAAAUAAAAGUAUUGUUUUCUUCAAACAAGAUAUAGCAAAUAGAAAUGGUCACGAUAUAUUUCUUUCUAAAAUUUAUUAUAACAUUAUAAUUUCAGUGACAGUUUGACUGACAAAAUAACUUACUUUACGUCUGUUAAUUUAAAUGGGGCUCGAGUUGAAUUGUCAGGGGUGAAGUGUCUUGUACAAUCCCCCCCCCCACCACCCCCCCAGAAAAAAAAUAUGUUAUUCUUGUCUUUCACCGUUUUGUGAAAAAAAUCCACUACAUAUAAGCGAAACAUAUAAAUGGAAACAUAUAAGUGCAAAUUCAUAAAUAUUAUACAGAACACUGUAUCAUUAACUUGAGAUAAAUGCAAAUACAAUGAAACUUAUUCCUAAUUAUAAAUUUUGAAGAUUUUGUUACACAAAAUCGGGUUUUAUUUUAUCUUUUUGUUUAUAUAACUCAUUAUGUAUGUGCAGCAAAUAGGCCCCAUAUAAGUUUAAAAAAAACUUGAAAACCCUCCUGCCAUAGGUACAUGUGCUGUUUCCCACAAAAGAGAUGCAAAGCCAGGCACAAUUGAAAAUAACAAAAAUAAGUUUCACUACAAUGAAAAAUAAAUACAUUUUUACAGUAAAAUACGGAAAAUAAAAAAGUACCCAUUUUAUUUCUUCAAUAUUUCAUAAUAUUUCAUUUAUAAGUUAAUAAUUGGAAGGUAGCUUAAAAAUCAAUUGCAUCUUGUAGAUUAUGGCCUAACCAGUUACACAAUAUUAAUGAAAUUUGUGGGUUUUUUUAGUUUUAGAACUGCCCUGUAUCAUCUAGCUGCAAUUGUCAUAAAUUUCGUUUGUAUUUAAUGAAAAUAUGCAAGGCAUCAGCAUUUGGUGUAGAAUUUUAUACAAUAUAAUAAUUUGUUGUAUCAGCUGACACAUAUUACCACAAUUCUCAUAAUAUGCAGUACUUAUGUGUUUAUAAGUUUUGUUCAGUGUAUAUAUCUUACAAGAAAACUUUACACAUUGCUCACUAUUCACUAUUAAACAGAAUGUGACAUCAUUUGUUUAUUUUCAGCUUCUGGUCACUUUGAGAUACUUGGCAAAGGGAGAUUUUUUCAGUGAGACUGGGGAUCUACAUGGAGUUAGUAGGAGUUCAGUGAGCAGACAUGUAUGGUUGUGAAUUCAAUCAAUGAAAGACUGGAAAACAUAAAGUUCCCAACUUCAUCAGCAGAUAUAUCAAAUGUGAAGAGAGGAUUUUACAAGGUGGCAGGUUUGCCUAAUUGUGUUGGUGCUGUGGAUGGGACUUUGAUCCCAAUCAUAGCACCAGCAGGAUUAGAGGAACCUGCCUUUGUUUGUAGAAAGGGAUACCAUGCCCUGAAUGUCCAAGCUGUUGUCGACCAUAACAUGAGGUUCACCGAUGUUGUUGCUCGCUGGCCUGGGUCCACACAUGAUGCCACUAUCUUUCAUAUGUGCGGUCUCAGGCAGCAUUUAGAAGAUAACAAUCUGGGUUGGUUAUUAGGGGAUUCUGGUUAUCCUCUUCGCCCUCAUUUGAUGACUCCAAAGAUCAACCCUGGAUCAGUUAAGGAGGAGAGGUACAACAAAGCUCAUAGCCAGACAAGAAUGGUGGUGGAAAGAGCAUUUGGAAUGUUGAAGUCAAGAUUUAGGUGUUUACACAAAACAGGAGGUUGUCUGCCCUUCACACCAGAGAAGUCUGCCAGAAUUGUCAGUGUCUGCUGUAAGCUUCACAAUGUUUGUUUGGAAAGAAACAUUCCUUUAAUAGGAGAUAUAUUGAUUGAUGACACUUUGAUUAAUGAUGAUGUAGUUACAAUAUCUCAGAGUAUUCAAACUGGAAUUAAUGCCAGGGCUACCCUAAUUGAUCUUUUUUAAGUUUUAGCCUGACCUUUUUUUUAUUGAAAAAAAAUUAGAGGUAUUAUUACAGUCAUGUUGGCGUUUCUGCUGCUGUCCACAAACUUUAACAUUGAUCAUAACUUUAUUUAUGUUAUAUAAAUAUAAAUGGUGA